AUGACGCUGACCAACGGCGCCUCCAAGCCGGCAACCGCCAUCCAGGCGGAGUACGACGUCGUGAUUGUGGGUGGCGGCCCCGUCGGCCUGCUCAUGGCCUACCAGCUGAAGCGGUUCGGCAUCUCUGCCGCCGUGUUCGAGCAGCACGAGAAAGAGACCCAGGACGCCUAUGGUCGAGCAAUUGCCUUUUUCCCCCGCACAUUGGAGCAGCUGGACCAGUUGGAGCUGGUGGACCCCAUGCUGCAGCUCGGCUUUGCUUGCCGCAGUAGCGUGACAUACAAGGACGGAAAGCAGAUCAUUCCCGGUCGCGUCUGGACAUUUAUGGAGAACAUGUCGGGCACGGCUUUUGACUUUACCCUGGUGCUGCGACAGAUGUACAGCGAGGAGAUCCUGCGGACGAAGCUGGAGGAGAUCAGCGCUCCGUACUUUCAGGGCAUUGAGUGCGCAGACUUUGUCAUUGACGCCAGCGCGGCCGACAACGACUAUGCCGUCACCACGUCGCUGCUCAACCGCAAGACCAAGGAGACGCUGACGGUGAGGAGCAAGUACAUCAUCGGCACAGACGGAGGCCGCAGCUUUGUGCGCCACCACGCCGGCAUCCCCUUUGACGGCGACACGUCCGAGGACAAGUGGGUGCGCAUCGACGGCAUCAUCGAGACGGACAUGCCGAUCACGCGGGCAUACGGUGCCAUCGAGAGCAAGACACACGGCAACGUGCUAUGGGCGCCGCUGGACCACGGGGCCACGCGCAUUGGCUAUGCAUACAGUGCCGCCAUCGCGGCCAAGUACCCGGGCGGCAUCACGCAGGAGAUUGCCGAGAAGGAGGCGGCCGAGAGCAUGAAGCCGUUCCGGGUGACCUUCAAGGAGACGCACUGGUGGACGCUCUAUGCGAUCGGCCAGCGGAUGGCCCGCGAGUUCUCGACCAAGGCCGACCGCGUCUUCCUCUGCGGCGACGCUGCCCACACCCACAGCAGCGGUGCCGCCCAGGGCCUUAACACGGGCACGCACGACGCUGUCAACCUGGCCUGGAAGCUAGCGCUACGUAUCCGCGGCCUGUUGCAGCCGGCUGCCCUGCACACGUACUCGGACGAGCGCAAGACAGUAGUCCAGCAGCUGAUCAGCUACGACCGCGACAUCGCCACCCUCAUGUCCCACAAGUGGCCCGAGUGGUAUACUGGCGACCGCGAUGCCGACCCUUACGUCAUCCUCGGCGAGAUCUUUGAGCGCGCCACCUCCUUCAACACCGGCCUCGGCAUCUUCUACCCCCCCAACCUGCUGAACAAGAGCCACGACGGUGCCGCGCCCGCCGGCUUGACCGUCCAGCCCGGCCAUCGGCCCGCCGACGUGGCUCUCGCCAUGCCCGGCACCGGCCAGGUCGUUCGCCUCCAGCAGGCCACGCGCAAUUGCGCCUGCUUCUGGGUCGUCGUGCUUGCCGGCCAUGUCGCCUCCACCAAGCCCGCGCUCGAGGCCUUCGCCGCCUUUUUGGCUGCCAACCCGGCCUUGACUGCCAACCCGGCCGUGCGCUUCCUCACAAUCACACCCCCUGGCGUUGGAUCGCCGUUCGAGGUGCUCGGCGACAUCAAGCCGUUUGGCACCACGUACUACGAUCCCGAAGGUGCCGCACACCAGAAGCUCGGCGUUCCAUUGGACACAGGCGCCAUUCUCAUCGUGCGGCCAGACGGUCUUCUCGGCUCGGGCGGCCCCGUCAAGGGCGAGUUUGUCAAGACAUACUUUGCAGAUGUUCUGACCAGCUAG